UGCUGACGCGGAUUCCACAAUGGAUUUCGAUGAAGUACUUAAGGAGGUGGGAGCCUUCGGUCUAUAUCAAAAGAUUAUUAUUUGCUCAGUGCUGCUGCCGGCCGCAUUACCCUGCGCCUUUCACGCCUAUAGUCAGUUGUUUAUUGCAGCGACGCCAAAGCAUUGGUGCCGCAUACCGGAACUCGAGCCAUGGACACAGGACUAUAUACAGCUCGUUCAAAAUCUGAGCAUUCCACGCGACGAACACGGAUCCUUUGAGGAGUGCGCCAUGUUCGUUCGCAACUACAGUGAAAUAGUGCGUUACUUGGAGUAUCGUACGCCAUAUGAGCUGCAAAAGGAGCAGGCGUCCAAGUUGUUAAGGAUAGACCAAAAUGCAGUAGUCCCCUGUCAGCAUGGCUGGCACUACGAUAGAUCCAUGUAUCCCAGCACCGUAGUUCAGGAGUGGAACCUGGUCUGCGACAGGAGUUUUUACGUCACCCUGGCACUAGUCAUUUUUGGCCUGGGCGGUCUAAUUGGCAACUAUGUGUUUGGCUAUAUGGUCGAUCUUUGGGGGCGGCGUCCUUCCUUCUACGCGUACCUGCUGCUUGAAGUUGUGGCGUGUGCGGCGAGCGCCUUUGCCUGGAACUACUACUCCUGGCUAGGACUCCGUUUUGUGGUCGGUCUUACAGUGCCUGCCAUUUUAGCCAGUCCCUAUGUGCUGGCAAUUGAACUUGUCGGCCCGGAGCGGCGUGUCUUCUGCACAAUCGUUUCCAAUAUUGCCUACUCGUUGGGUCUGGUCUUACUUGCGGGUGUUGUCUACUUGGUGCGCGACUGGCGAUAUCUAACAUUGGCCGUAUCCCUGCCACUGCUGAUGCUCUUCUCCUGCUUUUUUGUGCUGCCCGAGUCGCCACGCUGGCUGCUUGCCGUGGGACAACCAAAGCGAGCCGUUCGCAUCCUGAAGGUGAUGGCUCGUGUGAAUGGGGUCCAUGUGAGUCGGGAGUUUGUGGAGCGACUGCAUCAGCGGUUGCAUUCAACACAGCCGGCGGAGGCGACGCACUAUGGUAUUAUGGAUCUAUUUCGUGGCACGAAUAUGCGACGCAAGACGCUAAUUGUGACCCUGAUCUGGUUUGCCAACACUAGCGUCUAUGUGGGACUCAGCUACUAUGCACCUGCACUGGGUGGCGAUGAGAUCUGGAACUUCUUCCUGGCUGGAGCAGUGGAGCUACCAACUUACUUACUACUCUGGCCGGGUCUGAGUUAUUUUGGCCGACGCUGGAUACUCUUCAUAUCGAUGAUUGUCGGCGGUGUGGCCUGUGUGACCACGCUGCUCUAUCAGGAGCAGGCUGAUGUGAUGCUGCUCCUCUACUGCAUUGGCAAAAUGGGCAUCUCAUCUGCAUUUGUUGUCCUGCCACUGCUUGCCUCCGAGCUGUAUCCGACUGUGGUCCGUGGAUUGGGCAUGAGCUUCAGUUCUGUAGUGGCCAUGACGGGCCCCAUCAUAAUACCCAUUAUCAAUCAUAUGGGCCAGCAGAUGCUGGUGUUGCCACUGAUUGUGAUGGGAGGCCUGCUAAUCGUGGGCGGCUUUGCCAGUCUCUUUCUGCCCGAGACGCGUGGCAAGAAUCUGCCACAGAGCCUGGAGGAGGGUGAAGCGGUGCCGCUGAGCUUUCUGCUCUGCUGCUGCGUCGAUACGAAGAAGCGACAGCAAAAUAGCCGAAACACAGGACUCGGCAGGAGCAAGCUAAUGUUACCCGAGGAAGCCGCAACUGUCUAUCACAGAGUCGGUGUUGGCGGUCCUGCAACCUGUAAAAUUGUCUGCAGUAUUUGUAAAAAAGAAAUGCGUACAUUGUAAAUGAAUAAAUACGCAUAUAUUAAUAUAUAGGUAACAAUUAAAUACUUCAUUAGUCAA